AUGCCCUACGAGAACCAGCAUGUGUUCACCGCGAUGGGAUGCAAGUACCUGGCACUUGUCCUUAUCUUCGUCGCUCCGACUUUUGCGCUUGACCUGGACAGUUUACACGCGCUAUGGAACCUCGCAAGAUUGAAACACGGGGGUUUGAGCUUCCUGCAAGAUAUCAUGAAAUUCGCGAAAGAAGAAUUACCAGACACGACACCGCGUCAUGGGCAAGAGUACGACUUUAUCGUGGUGGGCGCUGGAACAGCCGGCUCGGUUAUCGCAGCGAGACUAAGUGAAGUUAAAAAUGCGAGUGUGCUACUUAUCGAAGCUGGUGGUCACGAACAUUUACUGAUGGACGUGCCGCUGCUUGCGUUGUUCCUGCAGCUCUACAGGGAUAUCGAUUGGGGAUACUUGGCCGAGCCCUCCAAUGAUUAUUGCCGUGGGGUGCAUAAUCAUCAGUGUAAGCUUGCCAGGGGCAAGGUCAUGGGUGGUACUGCCGUCUUAAAUUUCAUGAUCGCCACCAGAGGUAAUAAAAGAGACUAUGAGGAAUGGGCCGAGCUAACAAACGAUGACGACUGGGGGUACGAAGCUAUGUUGAAAUACUUUAAAAAAUUGGAAAACUUUGAAGUCGAUCUCGCUCCAGUAGAGAACAAGUUUCACGGAUUUGACGGUCCAUUGAGAAUUGCUAAUGCACCAUGGCGUUCGAAGCUAGCGAGAGCCUUCGUAAAAGCAGGCGAAGAAAUGGGAUUUCCUCCAUUGGAUUACAACGGACGUAAACAAACAGGUUUCUCAUACGUUCACACAAAUCAAAUAAAUGGUGAAAGAUUGAGCAGCAAUCGGGCAUACUUGCAUCCCGUGAGAAAUAGAAGUAAUUUAUUUCUCACAAUGAACAGUCGGGUCGAUAGGGUUUUGAUAGAUCCAAAAAAGAAAAUUGCUCGUGGCGUAAAGUUUCGCAAAUUCGGUAAGAGAAUAGAGGUGUAUGCCAGGAAGGAAGUCAUACUGAGCACCGGAGCGUUCGCUUCGCCUCACCUUCUUAUGCUAUCUGGCAUUGGACCAGCAGAACACCUGAAAAGUUUCAACAUACCCGUAAUGGCAAAUUUACCUGUAGGCGAAAAUCUAAUGGAUCACAUUGCCUAUGGUGGCUUAUUUUUCGAGGUUAAUCAAACGUUAGGAAUCGUAGUAUCUGAAUUUCUGAAUCUAAGAAACCCCAGUAUAAAUGAUUACUUAACAAGGAGAACCGGUCCGCUUGCAACUGCAGGUGGAGUCGAAGGACUCGGUUAUAUCAACGUCGAUGAUCUCCGAGUCGAUAACGAAGAGCCUAACAUUGAACUCAUGUUCGGUUCUGUUCACCUGGGAUCGGAUGCUCUCAUUAAAGUGCCAUUCGGCAUCAGGGAAGACAUCUAUCGUCAAUAUUACGCCGACGCGCUUCACAAACAUGCUUACAUCAUUUUCCCACUGCUUAUGAAACCCAAAAGUCGUGGCAAGCUGUUACUAACCAGUGGAAAUCCCGCUGUCAAACCUAAAAUCAUAAUGAACUACCUCUCGGAUGCCGACGACGUGAGGGUGGCCAUUAAAGGUAUUCGGCUGGCACGUGAAGUCGGAAAGACCAGAGCGAUGCGGAAAUAUGGCUCGAAAGUUUGGGAUCGCCAUGUUCUUGGAUGCGAACAUUGUCUGUACGACUCGGAUGAGUACUGGGAGUGUGCAUUGAGAACUCUCACCGUGACUCUAUGGCACUUUUCGGGGACUUGUAAGAUGGGUAGCUACUACGAUAACAGUGCAGUUGUCGACACCAGAUUACGAGUUAAGGGAAUCAAGAGACUACGGGUAGCAGACGCCUCCAUUAUACCGACCAUUCCCACGGCGCACAUAAACAUCCCGGUUAUCGCGAUCGCCGAGAAGUUCGCGGAUAUCGUCAAAGCCGACUGGGGCUACAUUUAG